AUGGACUACAAAUCAUACAGCAAUCAACGUUCUCGAUCCCUUCACCAAAGAAGAAAAACAAUCUUCUCAAGCAAACAACUGAAAAGGCUCGAGGAAGUUUUCCAACAAAACGUGUUUCCUGGAAUUCAUAUACGAGAACAACUAAGUGACGAACUUGGUAUUAGAGAGGACAGAAUUCAGGUUUGGUUCCAGAACCGUCGUGCUCGCUUGCGUAGACAGAACAGAUCCUCGUCCUCCGAGUCUUUUGAUUGCACCAUGUAUACUCCGACCAUGCCGUCUUGCCGCUACCCGUAUGAUAUUCCUCAGUUCACCUACCACUGGGAUAGCCUCCCUGUUGAGCCUGCUCCACGUCUAUUUCACUUCCCGUCAGAAUUCACCGACAAGAUCCAGCCRAUAUCUCUACCUGACUCGAAGACCGAUAGCUGUCAACCGUCCAACACAACGUACAGGUUGACACACCACUACAUGCUCGAAACUGCUGCGUUUGGUGUUCGUGUAUUUCAAAGACAACAAUAA